UUCUAAUUCCAGCAUGAUCGCAACCCGACCCGUUCCUGCGUGGGAGUAAAAAACCUUGGCAUCUCGGAGCUCCUCCGCGAGUGAGCAGACCCCAGAAUCUGUGACAGAAACGAGAAAAAAAGGCCCGAGUUCAUUGGUGUUUGGUGCGCCGUUGCUGUUGCUGCUAAUGCUGGUGGCUUCCUCUUCGGGCUUCUUCUCGCCGCUAUUUAUUUUAAUUCUUCUCUCUUCACCUCUGUUUCAUUUUCUUUCACCUUUCUUUUCUCCAAACCUCCGCCUCCGUUUGGCCGAAAUGGCGGCAGAGGUCGUCCUUUCGUUGAGCUUCUCUUCCUCUCCUCCUUCUCUUGCUCCUCUCUACUGACAAAAGAGAACCGGAGGAGUGCCAUCUUGGUGUUGUUUUCUUCACGCGGCUCUCGACUGAUCGGGGGAUCGGAAGGAUUUUCAGAUGGCUUUCUGCUCUUUCCUCUGCUGUGGAAAGAUUUCCGGUUGGAGGAAGCAGAGGAAGAAGAGUUCGACGACGUGGAGGGUUUUCUCUCUCAAAGAGCUGCAUUCGGCGACGAACAACUUCAAUUAUGAUAACAAGCUCGGGGAAGGGGGGUUCGGCAGCGUUUACUGGGGCCAGCUCUGGGAUGGUUCGCAGAUAGCUGUUAAAAGGUUGAAAGUUUGGAGCAACAAAGCUGAAAUGGAAUUUGCUGUUGAGGUUGAGGUUUUGGGUAGAGUAAGGAAUAAGAACCUUCUGAAUUUACGUGGAUACUGUGCUGAAGGGCAGGAGCGCCUAAUAGUAUAUGACUACAUGCCUAACUUGAGUCUGCUUUCGCAUCUUCAUGGUCAGCACUCAGCAGAAUGUCAUCUUGACUGGGGUAGGCGAAUGUCUAUUGCUAUAGGGUCAGCUGAGGGGAUUGCCUGCCUUCACCACCACACCACACCUCAUAUCAUCCACAGGGACAUCAAAGCAAGCAAUGUUUUGCUAGAUUCAGAUUUUCAGGCACGGGUCGCUGAUUUUGGAUUCGCAAAGCUCAUUCCGGACGGUGCAACUCACGUUACCACAAAGGUGAAAGGCACACUUGGCUAUCUUGCUCCCGAGUAUGCCAUGUUUGGAAAGGCCUCAGAGAGUUGCGAUGUCUAUAGUUUUGGGAUACUCCUCCUAGAGCUUGCUAGUGGAAAGAAGCCCAUAGAGAAGAUUAGCCCAACAGUCAAGCAAACAAUCACAGACUGGGCUCUUCCUUUGGCUAGGGAGAGGAGGUUCAAGGAAACGGCAGAUCCAAGACUGAACGGGAAGUAUGUGGAGGCAGAAUUGGAGAGGGUUGUGCUUGUUGCUCUCAUUUGUGCACAGAGGAAGCCCGAGAAAAGACCGACGAUGCUCGAGGUGGUGGACUUGCUCAAAGGGGAGUCCAAGGAGAAGAUGUCAAAUCUCGAAAAUCAUGAGAUGUUCAGGCCAGAACCUACUGCGAGUUGUCAUGGAUUGUCAGGUCCAGAUGAUAGCUCAGACUGUAUCACUGAGGAGCAGGUUUCAAGAGUUGAUGUAAAGCAGGAAACUAAUUCAUUAGCCGAUGCAGCAGUACAUAUUAGCUAGUUUUUUUAGCAGUUGAGUGCAGGGACUGAUGCGUGGAUGAUUAUUAAUUGCAUAUCAUCUUAAUUCAAGUUGGAUGGGGAGUGCUUGUUUUUUGGUUAAAAUAGUGUUUUUGCUUUUGAUUAAAAGGUUGGAAUGUUUGAUGGUUGCCCCUUGGUUCCAAAAAUAUUCAAUAGGCAUGUUUUGAAAGCAUGGGGCUUGCAUCUUUUGUGGCUUGCUGCUGUAACCUUCGUAUUGAAAUAUGCUGAUGGGAUUGGAAAAUAUGUAUAAUGGCAAGUUAUAAUACACUACAAAGGAUGUUGGCACACGUCUAUAAAUAUUUAUGGAUUCCAGAUA